AAUCAACGCUUGCUUCGAUCAGUUCAGUUCGGGUCAGUUCGUUUGUUGUUGCCGCUCAGAACCGUAGCCGUACGUGGAAACGUGGGUUCGAACAACUUGUCUUUGGUGAGCAAUCGAACGAGAGCCGAUCGGCCCCGUAUCGUCGGAAGGAAACCGGAAGAAAGAAAGUCAACAGAACAGUGACGAAAAGCGGCGGGUCGCGAACUUUUUUCGCACAUUGUCCCAGUCAAAGUCGCAACGAGUAGCGACGCUUGUUUGGGUGUUGUAUUACAGCAACACACUCUGCGGCAUCGCACUGCCCCGGCGCCAUCGAGUGAUCCUUCCAACAUUCGAAUGCUCAAGAUCCAAGACAAAAUGCCAUAAAGAAAUUACCUAACCUACAAACACCCCAGUAAAACAGUGCUAAACGACAUAUCACUGUCCACGGGGACACAAGUAAGAAAAAAAGUUAAAAUCACACCAAAGUGGAAUCAAGUGCUAGGAUAUCGUAGUGAUUAAGUGUAACACACUCUUCCAAAAUGACACACGGCCCUCCUGCAUCGCGAAAAAGGCCCGAGAACGGCACGACCCAGGGCACCGGAGAUCCGGAAUCCAACCAGAUGAGCGCAAACACCGGGCUGCCAACUCCACCGGACGGCGGCUGGGGAUGGAUGGUUGCCCUGGCCUCCUUCAGCAUACACAUUGUCACUGAUGGCAUCACCUACUCGUUCGGCAUGUUCUACCUCAAGUUUCUGGAGUACUUCAACGAAGGCAAGGGCUACACGGCAUGGAUCGCAUCGAUACUGGUCGGUGUGACACUUUGUUCCGGGCCCAUUUCGUCUUCCCUGGUGAAUCGUUUCGGCUGCCGAGCAGUCACCAUCGCCGGUGCGAUCCUGGCUUCCAUCAGUUUGGCCGCCAGCGUGUUCGCGCAAAGUGUAUUCUACCUGUUCAUCUCCAUUGGGUUCGGUACGGGCCUGGGCUUGGGGCUGAUCUAUCUGCCGGCCAUCGUCAGUGUGACGAUGUACUUCGAGCGGCUAAGAUCCCUGGCGACGGGAAUCGCCGUAUGCGGCUCCGGAUUGGGAACGUUCAUCUUCGCUCCGGUUACCGACAUGCUGAUCAACAACCUGGGCUGGCAGAAAGCACUGCUGGUGCUGUCCGUCAUCGUGCUGAUAAGCUGCAGCAUUUUCGGAUCCAUGUUCCGGCCUCUGAAAGCCGGGCCUCCCGAACUGGAGAUGACGCCGGUUGACUCCCCGAAUACCACAGCAACCUCAAAUGGAAAGCAGAACGGUGACGCUGGUGAUGGUGAUCAGAACAGAGCAGUACGGUCACAUAGCAUUGGCAAUUCCCCGAAAAUUGCUCUAAAUGCGAACGGCAAAUCAACCAGCGGACAAAGUCUUCAGCUGGCUUUGAGCCAACCGCUGCUGGCGCAACCAACCACAUACGAUCAGGUCAAUCCCCAUCUUUUGGGAUCGACCACCAUCCGAAGAGCGGAAAGUGGAACCAUGUACCGCAAAGACGCACUCUACACCGGUUCGCUGCACAACAUUGCUUCACGGCACGCUUCCCACGCCAGUUUAGCUACGUACGACAAGGGACAGUACGGAUCUCUGCAAGGAAAUGCCAAAUCCAUCGAUUCCGAUGAGCCAGUCAUCUGCUGUGGCUGCAUCAGCUGUUCCAAGGAAACUUCCGACACCUUCCGGGAGAUGAUGAGCUUCUCCAUUCUGAAGGACCCGAUCUUUAUUGUGUUCACCGUUUCGAACUUCCUGACCAGCAUCGGCUUUAAUGUUCCCUAUGUUUACCUGGCCGCGCAAGCCGACGUCUUGCAGAUAGAUACCAAGCAGGCCAGCUACCUACUCGGGAUCAUCGGUAUCGCAAACACCGUCGGUCGUAUCAUUCUCGGUUACUUGUCUGACAAACCGUGGGUGAACAGGCUGCUGGUCUAUAACCUGAUGCUCACCAUCUGCGGCGUUUCAACUGCCUUCUCCGUUAUGUGCCUCGACUUCUACAGCCUUGCGACGUACUCUGCAAUCUUCGGUUUCACAAUCGGUGCCUACGUCGGCCUGACGUCGGUCAUUCUGGUGGAUCUACUCGGUCUGGAAAAGCUCACGAAUGCCUUCGGUUUGCUACUUCUUUUCCAAGGUAUUGCCUCCUUUGUCGGACCUCCCCUCGCCGGAUGGCUAUAUGACAUAACCCUCUCGUACAACCCGGGCUUCAUUCUGGCCGGAACGACUAUCGCCAUGUCCGGUAUAAUGCUGUUUGCCAUUCCUCCGAUGCAGCGAUACAGGGCAAAGAAGCAAUCCGCUGCGGCAGCAGCACAAGCGCAGCAAAGUUGAAACUGCUCAAACCGCAACAGACUUUCUCCCGUGAAGGAAGGGUAACGAUUAACAAAAAGAGAAACGCAGGCUACUUGUGAUAGCUAAACUGAACGUUAACUAAGUAGGCUUAUUUCCUGAAUGGUCUUCCCUCCUAGUAGGCGCGGAAGCGAAUUACAGUUUUAAGAAUACCAAAAAUAGGCUACCGCUAUCAUGUUAUGAAAUAUUAGUGAAAUUUAAAACACAAAACAAGAAAUCCGUAAACAUAUCUUAUUAGGAUAAUGUUCAACUAGACGAGAAGUUACAAAUUAGGUAGUUCAAUUAGCGAAUUCGGAGUGAUGCGUGCGUAGGAGAUACCCAACUUUUGCAAGGGACCACAUACAACUGUGCGAGGUAUGGUGCGUGAGUAUGCGUGAAGGUGAAGAAACUAGCCUAAUUAGCCAGUAAGUUCGGUAAGCUCCGGAUAAUGAUGUACUGUAAAGAUUUUUACAGCGAAUUUAAGGUGAUGCCCACGUAUAAAGAGAUCGUGCCAUGAUGCGAUACGAUUACAGGGUCAAAUAGCUGAUUGUUAGAGCUACAAAGAUUUGUUUUUAUGUUCAUUUUCAUCAUGUUGUAAUUUUUUUUGUAAUCCAAAUAAUGCCAUUUUAAGCUCUUCCAAAGUGCCGUCACUAACGACGAAAUGUUCGAGUUACUGUUGAGUUAUGAUAGUUUAUAUUGAUAACAUUAAAAUUGUAUAAAGGAAAACUGA